AUGUUUAAAAUACGCAAAGCUAAGGAUGAGGAGCCAACUGCUCCGGGGCAGGUGAGAAUUAAAAAGAGGUCAAGGGUGCCUGGAGUUAUGAUUACACAGUAUGUGGAAGAACUACCCGAAGGCAUGACCACCCCAGACUUCACACGGAAACCCAUUGCUCUAACUAUUCAAGAAGGAAAACUGGCUAUCUUUAGAGCAGUCAUUACCGGCAAACCAACACCAACUGUGACCUGGAUGAGAAAUAAUGGGGAAAUUGAUGAAGAAAGGUACAAAAUCUGCCACGAGAAGAGUUCUGGUGAAUACCAACUACAGCUGCCUGAUGUCUCAGUGGAUCAAGCUGAUACCUACAAGUGUUAUGCCCAAAACGAAUAUGGAAAAGCCGUGGUAACUGCAGCACUUAAUGUUAUUGAGGUUGGCUUUAAAAAGAACAGAGCCAUGCAACAAUCAAGAACAGCUAUCCGAGAGACACCUGAAGACUUCAAAAAGGCCUUAAAAAAUAAGGUUGACACUGAGCAAAAAGAAGACAAAAAACCCGAAAUCGAUGAGAAGUUUUGGGAACUGUUGAUGAGCGCAGACAAAAAAGAUUACGAAAGCAUCUGUGCUCAGUAUGGUGUCACUGAUUUUCGUCGAAUGCUGAAGAAACUAAGUGAGAAGAAGAUUGAAAGGGAGCAAGAGCAAGAAAAGGUUGUUGAAAGACUAUGCAACCUAAAGCCCAUUGAAAUGAAAGAUGACGGUGAUGCAGAGUUUGAACUUGAAAUGUCACUUAAAGACCCUACGAGCAAAAUCUUCUUAUUCAAGGAUGGAGUUAUGAUUCCUUUUGAUGCAGACACAGAGGUAAAACAUGGUUUGAGGCAAGUGGGAAAGAAGUAUGUGUUUAGCAUCAAUGGUGUUGACCCCGAGGAUGCAGGAUUAUACCAAGUGGAGGUUGAUGGCGUUAAGAUCUUCUCAACUGACUUCAAACUUCCACCUAUAGAGUUUUUGUUCAAGAUUCAAGACGUGAAGGCAGAGGAAAGAGAGGAUGCUGUCUUUGAGUGUGUCGUCUCGCAACCUCUGAAAAAGAUAACUUGGAAAGGAAAGAAUAUAGUACUGGAGCAAGGGGAAAAAUUUGACAUCCUUGUGUCAGACGACAUGCUAAUUCACACAUUGGUGGUCAAGGACUGCCUGCCUUUGGACAAAGGAAUUUACGCAGCUGUGGCUGGACUUGCAUCCUGCAGCGCUUGGCUUAUAGUGGAAGCUGACAAUGAUCCAAACUCACUCGGAAAGAAGAAGGUUCGCAAAACAACCAGAGCAGGUGGUGGUGGAGCCGAACUUUUGAGGAUUGCACAGGAGCAACAGUCUAAGGUACAGAAAGAGAGAGACGAGCUGGUUGCAAAGGCAAAGGCAGAGGCAGAAGCUGCCGCUGCAGCAGCCGCUGCCGCUGCAGCUGAGAAAGCAGAGGCCGAAGCUAAAGCAAAAGCGGAAGCAGAAGCCAAAGCCAAAGCUAAAGCUGAAGCUAAAGCUAAAGCUAAAGCCAAAGCCAAAGCUAAAGCUAAAACAAAGGCAAAGGCAGGGACAAAGGUAAAGAAGGAGGCAGAGGCAGGAGCAGGAGAAGCCACAGAUGAAGGUACUGCUGUGGAAGGGGAAGAAGAGGAGGAGGAAGAGGAGGAGGAAGAGGAAGAGGAUGUAGAAGAGGAAGAGGACAUACAAGAGGAUGGUGAUGCAACAGAGGAAAAAGGGCCCAAAAAAGCUAAACCUAAAUCAUCAGAUAUCGAGGAGAAGAUAGCAAAGGAGGGAGAGGCUUCUGCUGAAGUUGCUGAUACUGUGGAAGAGGAGCCUGUUCAAGGAAAGAAAAAGAGAGUGAGAGCUGGCCCACUUGUUCCUGACACAAUUGUUGACCCAGGAGUAUAUUUCACCAGCGGACUAUCAGAUGUAACCACCAUCAUUGGUACUGAUGCAGAACUGGUCUGCAGGCUGAGCAGAGACGACUGUGACGGAGUCUGGUUCAAAGAUGGAAAAGAGAUAACCGCUACAGAUGAUAUCUGUAUUGUUAAAGAUGGAACUUAUCGCAAACUAAUUAUCAAACACUGCACAGAAGAAGAUGCUGGAAAGUACAGAUGUGAAGCUGAUGGGCGUAAAACAGAAGCUGUGCUAAAUGUUGAAGAUCCUCCAAGAAUUAACCCUGAUGACCUCACUGAGUUCAUAAAACCCGUUGUGAUCAAAACCGGUAAGGAUGCAGCAUUCAAGGUGGAAUUUAUUGGCCGGGAACCCAUGAAGAUCCAGUGGUACAAUGAAGGCGAAGAGCUAUUGGAGGACACCCACAUCAAGAUCGAGAAGUCUUCCUCACACAGCCGUCUGCUGCUAACCAAGUGCAAUCGCAAAACCACAGGAGAAAUUAAGAUUAAGAUUAAAAAUGAAUGUGGAACAACUGAGGCCAUCUCCCAACUUGUUGUAUUAGAUAAACCAACAACACCCCUAGGCCCUGUGGAUAUUAUUGAAAGUUCUUCAACUUGUAUAGAGUUCAAAUGGAGGCCUCCUAAAGACAAUGGAGGCUCCCCUAUCACAGACUACAUCCUGGAGAGGCAGCAAAUUGGCCGAAACAGCUGGAAGAAACUAGGCAAGAUUGGCCCAGAGCCUAAAUACAGGGAUACCGAUGUGGAUCAUGGAAGAAAGUACUGCUACCACAUCAGGGCGGAAACUGAUCAAGGCACCAGUGAAAUGAUGGAGACUGAUGACAUUCAGGCAGGGACAAAGGCGUACCCUGGACCUCCUUCUACACCAAAAAUUGUUAGUGCUUUCAAAGACUGUAUCAAUCUUGCUUGGUCUGCACCCACCAACACUGGAGGAACCAACAUUUUGGGAUACAAUGUGGAGAAACGCAAGAAUGGCAGCAAUCUGUGGGGCUUUGUCCACCCACCCAAUGAGCCCAUCAAGGAGAAAAAGUAUGCAGUGAAGGAUGUUGUUGAAGGCAUCGAGUAUGAGUUUCGCGUUUCAGCUAUCAACAUUUCUGGUGCUGGAGAGCCAAGUGCGCCUUCUGAAUUUGUGAUUGCAAGAGAUCCGAAGAAGCCCCCUGGAAAAGUGAUUGACCUGAAGGUGACAGACUCCACAUACAGCACCUUAUCGCUCGGCUGGACCAAACCCAUAGAGGAGGAAGGUGUUCAAGAUGAGGCCAAAGGAUACUUUGUGGAGCUCAGACCAGCAGAAAACCCAGAAUGGGGUCGCUGUAACUCCAGUGCUAUCAUUAUGAACUCCUACACUAUAAUGGGUCUGAAGUCUAUGGCUAUGUACUGGGUACGAGUUGUAGCCACGAAUGAAGGUGGAGACGGUGAGCCUCAAGAGUUGGACAACUAUAUCAUUGCAAUGCCCCCUCCAGUGAAACCUCACUUCACUGAUAAAAAACUGAAGAACUUCAUGGUGAUGAAAGCUGGAAACUCUGCUCGAGUCAACUUCAACUUUCAGGCCUCUCCAAUACCAACUAUCAAAUGGCUGAAAGACGGACAUCCUGUAGCCAAGCACGUGACAGUGAGCAACACAGACACGUCAUCGCAGCUAAUGAUCCCCUCAUCAGAGCGCGAAGACACUGGCAUCUACACUAUCAUUGUCAAGAACCUUGUUGGCCAGGAUAGCUCCAGUGUUGAGAUAAGAGUCACAGAUGACCCCAAGCCUCCAGGCCCAGUGGAGCUGGAUGAGAACGUGUCAGGAACAGUGACGGUCUCCUGGACUCCCUCUCCAGAUGAGAAGAAAGACGACAGGCUGCACUACAUGAUCACCAAGCGUGAUUCUGUUAAGCGUACCUGGCAAAAUGUGGCAGACCAUCUCUUCAAUAACAAGUUCACUGCCAUCAAUAUCAUGCCUGGAAGGCAGUAUCAGUUCCGGGUCUAUGCCAGGAAUGAUAUGGGGCUAUCCAAACCCUCUGAGUCAGCGACCUGGGAAGUGAAGAGAAGAAAAGAAACAUUUUCUCUGAACCUUCCUGCCUCUAAGGACUGCAGCUUUGAGACGCCUCCCUCAUUCUCUGUUCCACUAAAAAUGCACAACAGUCCAGAGAGCUACGAGUGCUACAUGAGUUGUGCUGUGACAGGAAACCCCAGACCCCAUGUUACCUGGUACAGAAAUAACAUCAGUCUCAACACCAACACUAACUACUACAUCACUAACACAUGUGGGGUCUGCUCCAUGGUCAUACUCAAAGUUGGGUCCAAGGACAGCGGGGAAUACACCGUCAUUGCUGAAAACCCUCUGGGCAGAGUGGAGUGUUCAACUAAACUUGCUGUUAAAGUGGGGAUCAAGAAAAAAUCUAAGGUCCCCGGGGUGAUGAUUACACAGUUUAUCGAGACGCUGCCAGAGGGCAAGAGCCAUCCAGACUUCACCCGCAAGCCGAUUGCUUUGACCAUCCAAGAGGGCCAGUGGGAGCAGCACAGCCCUGCCAUUCAGCACCCAGACUCCUGUGUCAGCAAAUUUGCUUUUUUCAAAGCCAUUGUCACUGGAGACCCACAGCCGACCGUUACAUGGAGCAGAAAUAAUGGAGAUGUGUCUGAUACCUCAAGAUACCAGACUAAAUAUGAUCCCAACUCCAAUGAGCAUACAUUUGAGAUGCCAAAUGUUAUGCCGGAUCAAGCUGAUACCUAUAAAUGCUUUGCCAUAAAUGAAUAUGGACAAGCCGUGGUCACAGUUGUUCUGAAUGUUAUUGAAGUUGGUUACAAAAAGACCAAAGCCACACAGCAAGCCGCUGAAGCCACUGAUGGGAAUUUUAAGACUGUACUAAAAAGGAAAAGUAAGAUCCGGCCAAAAUCUGAGCAAGCUGAGAAAAAAGAGGGUGAGAUUGAUCCGAAGUUUUGGGAGCUCUUAAUUAGUGCUGAAAAGAAAGACUAUGAAAGAAUCUGUGCAGAGUUUGGAGUGACUGAUUUUCGCUGGAUGCUCAAGAAACUGAAUGAAAUGAAGAAAGAAAGGGAGGAAGAACAAGCUGAGUUCGUCAGAAACUUGUCCAACCUGAGACCCAUUCAGGUCAAUGCAGAUGGUACUGCUUCCUUUGAACUUGACAUGGACCUUAUUGAGCCAAGCAGCUCAAUAUACCUGUACAAGGACGGAGAAAUGAUCCCAUAUACAAAGGAGUUGGGAGACAAGAUGAAGCACAGCCUUAAACAAGUGGGGAAAAAGUAUAUUUUCAGUAUGAGGGACCUUAUGCCAGACGAUGCUGGACUGUACCAGUUGGAUGUAGGGGAUGUGAAUAUGUUUUCCACUGAUUUUAAAAUCCCAGUGGUGGAUUUCUUGGUGAAAAUUCAAGAGGUGAAGGCAAUCGAGAGAGAAGAUGCUGUUUUUGAGUGUGUCCUGUCAAAUCCAUUCUCCAAGAUUUUGUGGUUCGGCAAGAAUUUACCACUGGAGCAAGGGGAUAAAUAUGAUAUCCAGGUUUCAGAAGACAAGCUCAUUCACAGGCUGGUGGUCAAAGACUGCAUGGUAGUAGACAAAGGAAUUUAUUCUGCCUGCGCAGGAAUAAAAUCUUGCAAUGCAUGGCUUGUCGUUGAAGCUGAUAAAGAUGCCCAAAAGGGCAAAAAAACAGCAAGGAAAACAACAAAGGCAGGAGGAUCUGGGAUGGAUCUGCAGAAGAUUGCCCAAGAGCAACAAGCAAAAUUAGAGAAGGAGAGAGAGGAAAGGAAAGAACAGAUUAAAGAACAGAUUAAAGAAGCCGAGGCAGCUGCACCACCACCUGAAUCCCCUCCAGCUCCUGCGCCCAAGAAGGCUCCAGCUGUGGCUGAACCUAAGGCAGCGAAAGACCCCGAACCAAGUAAGAACGCCAACCACGAGGUUUAUGAGACGGGGGCUUAA